CAAGCGUAGCGACCGGUGCUCUAGUGGAGUUUGACGUGGCACUCUGCUUUCACUGACGGCAACACAGUGAAGAGGACUCAGCCCGAUAUCCAGGUUGUCAAGACUCAUUCAUCUUGGCAUGAAAAGACAGUAACAGUCAUCAACAUGAGUCAACAGGGUUAUGUUGCGGCACCCCCGUACUCCCAGGCCCAGCCAGGGAUGGGGGGCUACCAAGGUGGAUUUGGGACUGGCCCUGCACAGCCCCUCUACGGGCAUUAUGGGGGACCACCCCAAGCAUUCGCCGCCCCGCCAACGGCUAUGAUGAAAUCACCAGUUUCUUCUGCUGCCGGCAUGCCUCCACCUCCAGUGUCCACUCAGUACAAUCCAAAUAUCCAGCAGAAUGGCGCACACCCACAAAGAUACCCCGCUCCACCAGCUGCUUCUGCUGCUUAUGGGCAACCUCCGCAGUCUCCAUACAACACCAUGGCCUCUCCGGCCCCGCCUCCAACUCAGCAGCUCACCAAUCAGAUGAGUGCUAUGAACUUGGGCAACUAUGCCCCAGGUCCCAUGCAGAGCCCUCCUCCCCCAUCGAGCUCUGUAGCCCAGCAGCCUUUCCAAACAUCCCCUCCUCCAGCAAUGGGCCAGCCACAGAUGCCUCCAGGCAUGCAGUCACCCCCAGCAACCAUGCCAAUGGCGGGCCCACCAAUGGGAGGCCCACAAAUGGCAGGCCCUCCAAUGGCAGGCAUGGGUAGACCCUUCCCCGGACCACCUCCUCCAGGCCCUGGAGGUUUCCAGCAGCCUAGUCUCGGAGGUGCUGGUCCACCAGGAUAUCCACAGCAAGCAGGUCAGUUUGGGGGACAAAUGGCUGGGCCCCAGCCAGGCAUGCCAGGGGCCUUCCCUGGAGCAGCAGCCGGACUGGCUGGACCACCUCAGAAGAAACUGGACCCUGACUCUAUCCCCAGCACAACCCAGGUGAUUGAGGAUGACAAAGCAAAGCAAGGGGGGCAGGUCUUCAACACAAACAUUAGAGGACAGGUUCCACCUCUGGUCACGACUGACUUCACAGUCCAGGACCAAGGCAAUGCCAGUCCCAGGUUCAUACGUUGCACCAGCUACACUCUACCCUGCACCACCGAUCUGGCCAAACAGUGCCAAGUGCCCCUGGCUUCCAUCAUUAAACCCUUUGCCAGUUUGCCAAAGAAUGAGACUCCUCUAUAUGUUGUGAACCAUGGCGAGACGGGCCCGAUCCGCUGCAACCGAUGCAAGGCCUACAUGUGUCCCUAUAUGCAGUUUAUUGAUGGAGGGCGUCGCUACCAGUGUGGUUUCUGCAACUGUGUCAAUGAAGUGCCAGUCUUCUAUUUCCAACAUCUGGACCACAUGGGCCGGAGGGUGGACUUCUACGAGAGGCCUGAGCUUUCCCUGGGGUCCUAUGAGUUUGUAGCCACCAUGGAUUACUGCAAGAACAACAAGCCCCCGAACCCUCCUGCCUACAUCUUUAUGAUUGACGUGUCCUACAACAACAUUAAAAGUGGGCUGGUGAAACUGAUAUGUGAUGAGCUGAAGACUCUGCUGGAGAAUCUGCCCAGAGAGGAAGGUGCGGAGAGCUCUGCGAUUAAGGUCGGCUUUGUCACCUACAACAAGGUCCUCCACUUCUACAACGUGAAGAGCGCUCUGGCUCAGCCUCAGAUGAUGGUUGUGUCAGACACGGCUGAGAUGUUUGUCCCGCUGCUCGACGGCUUCCUCGUCAACUACCAGGAAUCGAAGGCCGUGAUCUCCAACCUCCUGGACCAGAUCCCUGACAUGUUUGCAGACACCAACGAGAGCGAAACGGUCUUUGCCCCUGUCAUCCAGGCCGGCGUGGAGGCAUUCAAGGCAGCAGAAUGUAGCGGAAAGCUCUUCAUCUUCCACUCCUCCAUGCCAACCGCCGAGGCUCCCGGUAAACUGAAGAACAGGGAUGACAAAAAGCUGGUCAACACUGAGAAAGAGAAGACCCUGUUCCAGCCUCAGAAAGCAGUGUACGAGCAGCUGUCUAAGGAGUGUGUGGCACAGGGCUGCUGCGUGGAUCUCUUCCUCUUCCCCAGCCAGUACGUGGACUUGGCAACCAUGGCUGAUGUCCCAUCGCACACCGGAGGCUCCGUCUACAAGUACAACAACUUCCAGGUGGAGACCGACGGGGAGCAUUUCCUGAGAGAUCUGAGGAAAGACGUGCAGAAGAACAUCGGAUUUGAUACCAUCAUGCGUGUUCGUACCAGUACGGGCUUCAGAGCCACAGACUUCUUCGGAGCCAUCCAUAUGAACAACACCACAGACAUAGAGAUGGCAGCUGUGGACUGCGACAAGGCUGUGACCGUAGAGUUGAAGCACGACGACACGCUCAGUGAGGAGACUGGGGCGCUCAUGCAGUGUGCCUUGCUGUACACCACCAUCAACGGGCAGCGACGUCUCCGCAUCCACAACCUCAGCCUGAACUGCAGCUCGCAGCUGUCUGAGCUGUACAAGAGCUGCGAGACCGACUCACUCAUCAACUUCUUCGCCAAAUCAGCUUACCGCGCCAUAUUGAACCAACCUCUCAAGAAUGUGAGGGAGAUCCUGGUCAACCAGACAGCCCACAUGCUGGCCUGCUACAGGAAGAACUGUGCCAGCCCCUCCGCUGCCAGCCAGCUGAUCCUGCCUGACGCCAUGAAGGUGUUUCCAGUCUACAUGAACAGCCUCAUGAAAACCGCUCCCUUGGUCGGCAGCACGGAGCUCUCGACAGAUGACAGAGCGCAUCAGAGGCUGUCGGUCAUGGCCAUGGGGGUGGAGGACACACAGCUGCUGCUCUACCCACGCCUCAUCCCGCUGCACAACAUGGACGUGAGCAGCGAGGCCCCACCUGCUCCGCUGCGCUGCUCGGAGGAGCGUCUGACAGACGCUGGCAUGUUCCUGCUGGAGAACGGCCACUCCAUGUUUCUGUGGCUGGGCCAAGCGAGCCCGCCAGACCUCAUCCAGAGCAUCUUUAACCUGCCCUCGCUCGCCCACCUGCAAGGACACAUGCCCGCUCUGCCAGAACUGGACAACCCAUUGUCAAAGAAGGUGCGAUCCAUCAUCAGCGGCCUGCUUGAAAAGAGGCCGAACUCCAUGAAGCUCCAAAUCGUGAGGCAGAAGGACAAACCAGAGAUGCUGUUCCGUCAGUUCCUGGUGGAGGAUAAAAGCCUGCACGGUGGAGCUUCCUACAUGGACUUCCUUUGCUACGUUCACCGAGAGAUCAGGCAGCUGCUCACUUAACCCGCGACGCUUGGCCUCGGCUUCCCUUCCCCGACCGGCCUGGGAGAAACGCGACAUCUAUCUAACGGACCACGCACAAAUCUCACAGGGUCAGUCUCACUCUGCUCCAUUUGAAUUCUUUAGGACGGUCCACAGAAAGAAACUUGUGCGAGUUUGACAAAGACAGAGGAAGAAUGGAGUGACCAGGAGGAGCCGUUUGAGAUUUAAUCCUGAGAGUCCAAAGCUGCCUUUCUGACCCGCUUUAGAUAACACACAGUAUGAUCUUCAAAUAACCACUUGUCAGAUGAGGAACUUCCAAGUAAAACUGGAGACAUGAAGUGGACAACACAUCCAACAUGUCCCACAGAUACGUGUGUGUGAAGAACUGUGGAGACCGGAAUGACAUCAGUGUCUGAGGCUGGAACGCAUUUUGGCACAAGGCCCACUGGCACAAGCAAUACAGCAUAUUUCUCCACUGUGCAAGCCUUUUUUUCAUUUCUCUUUGUAGAUUAAGUGUCAAGACAAGGGGUUAUUUGUGGGCAAUACUGUAGAUGUUGACUUUGAAACUCAAAAAUGUCCGCCCGUCUUUGUUAUACGUAAGUUUCUCCCAUGAAAACUACAUAUGUAAGGAGUCUCAGUAACUCAUUUUAAAAUCUUAACUUCUUUUUUAAACAAGCUCAAAAGAAAUUUUACAGUAUUUAAACAGCAUACAUAUAGAGGUUUCUACAUUUUAUCACACUUUUGCUGCCCAAGUGGAAAAUGUACUAAAAUAAACAUUUCAAUGAUGUAUCCACAUUAUCAGGUACUUCAUAAUUUAGCAGAAACUGUCCUUUUUCAAAGGAGGUAAUGGCACAUCCAACUAUCUCAGAUUUUUCUCUUCAGUCAUGAAAAGAAGAUCCGGCACACUGCCUGUACUCAGCAUCACAAUUCACUGAUCGUACCAACGUUGCAUCAAGAGUGUUCGUCACGGGAGUUAAACACGCUAGGCAAAGGUGCGGGGGGACCAAAUCAUGAGUAUGAUCAGUCGGUUGUGAUGCUGAGCAAGAGCAGUGUGCGGGAUCUUCUUUUGGUAAAUAAAAUAAAAUCUGCUGCUGCCACAACUGAAUUCAUGCAGUGCAUUUGUGUGACACAUGCUCCCAACAGAAAAAAACAAUCAGAUUCUUUGAGCAUUUACAGCAGAGAUUUGAUUUUCACACUGUGCAGUGAUGCAGAAAACAUUUUGUUUGGUGUUCUGAGAUUAAAAUGAAAUGAACACAGCUGUUGCUCUGCAUAGAAAACAGGGACCAACUUGUGUGUCCUGAUGGAAAAAACUUUAUUUUUCUACACGACACGAGUCAGAAUAGGAACUGGAAAGGGAUGCUUCAAGGAGACUUAUUUAAAAGGUUUAGGGACCAAAUAUGCAGCUUCUCUCUAAAACGGCCACACAACAAUCCAACAAGGGAAAAAAAAAUAUCUCGUAACUCGUCGGACUGAUUCAAUUUCACAGAUCGGGCUUGUGCCAGGACAGCUGUAAAAUGAGCAGUUACGACUGGAUCAUCAGAGUUUGUCAGCAGACUGUUGGUGAGGAAGAACUCGCUGCUCAACCCAAAUUCAGUCAAAUCUUGUCACUUUAAUAACUGUAGACAAAAUCGUCUGUAGUGAUAUGUAACAUUUCAGUCUUGAGUUUCAGAACAGUAACAGCAUCAAACUGUAAUGCGUUGCUGGUUUUUGUCGAGGUAAUUGCUUCUGUAUAAUUCAUGUACACAUCUGUACGAUUUUGUGUUCGUGUGACCUACAAAAAGUCUUUUUGUACAUGAAAUACACAACUUGUGUUUUCAAAAUAUUACCAUCUGCCUUAAGUUGAUAUUAUAGUUGUUGAAAAAAAAUCUUAAAAUAUAUAUGUGCUCGAGGUUUAUGGCUGAUUUCAAUCUUUUUGGUUUGUAUGCAAACAUAUCUCAGGUUAUUUGAGUACCUUCGUGUUUUAAGUUGGAACAAGUGAUUUCAAUUAAACUGGAAAGCUGGACGGCUGUUUUUUUGAGCACACUUAUAGAAAUUCAUGAUGGGCCAUGUGUAUUUUAUUCCAAACCCUCAACAAAUUUUGUCUGAAUUAAAUUCUUGACAUAACUUUUGUUGCUCAUUUUAUUUCGCCAUGACAAAUACAUUUAGUUCACAAGUACAGAAAAUUUAUCAAAGAAUUGAACAAGUUCUUUUUAAAUGUGAAUGUUUGUCCAAACACUCAACACAGAAAACCCUCUGACCUUUCUCAAGAAAACCUGUUCCAUGUAAAACCCUUAUUGGUUGAACUUAACAAAAUGCACAUUCAGUCUGCUGAUUGGUGGUCAUCUUCCUGUCUAUUGCACCGUAUCGAAGAUUCAAUUCGGAUCAUUUACAAGUACACAAGAAUUAUUUUAGAUUCAAGCACAAACAAACAAUAAAAUCAAUAUAGGAACAGCAGACUGUGUUAAUUUGGUUGUUUGACAAGCUUUAAUCCUCUUGGAGAGGUAUUUUUGUCCUAGUCUGUGUUGUCCUCUUGUCACCAUGAGGGGGUGCCAGAUGACACUUCUUCAGUCAGAGAAGAUCCAGAAUAAUCUGCUCAUGUUGGACAACGAGCUACUUCUGACCCUAACGAACAGAAACUGGUUGAUAGAAAAAAGAUAUACUAAAUAUAUAGUUGGUUUGUCUCUGCAGCCGCCGGAACUCUUCAUGAAGCAUUUUAUGCCAAUCAAAGCGAUUCAGACAUGUAUUGUAAAAUCUCAUCGAACACUUGUGGAGAUACAACUUCAGUUGUUCUCAAUUUAA